AUGGCAAAUCGUAAGCAAACAUAUAAAGUAGCUGAUAUCAGUUUAGCUGAAUGGGGUCGAAAAGAAAUAACACUGUCAGAGUAUGAAAUGCCUGGUCUUAUGCAAUUAAGACGAAAAUAUGGACCAACAAAACCGUUAAAAGGUGCGAGAAUUGCCGGUUGUUUACACAUGACUAUUCAAACAGCUGUUCUUAUCGAAACACUCAAAGAACUUGGUGCUGAUGUUCAAUGGAGUAGUUGCAAUAUAUUUUCAACACAAGAUCAUGCCGCAGCUGCUAUAGCUCAAGCUGGAAUACCCGUUUAUGCAUGGAAAGGUGAAACUGAUGAGGAAUAUCUAUGGUGCAUUGAACAGACUCUUUAUUUUCCCGACGGUCAACCAUUAAACAUGAUAUUAGAUGAUGGUGGUGAUUUAACAGCAAUGAUUCAUGAAGAAAAAUAUUCCAAAUUAGCGUCUGGAAUUUUUGGCAUAUCGGAAGAAACAACAACAGGUGUUCAUGCACUAUUUAAAAUGUUGAAAGCAAAAAAAUUAAAAAUACCAGCUAUCAAUGUUAAUGAUAGUGUAACAAAAUCAAAGUUUGAUAAUUUGUAUGGUUGUCGAGAAUCAUUAAUUGAUGGAAUUAAACGUGCAACGGAUAUAAUGAUUGCCGGAAAAGUGGCUGUAGUAGCCGGAUAUGGAGAUGUUGGCAAAGGAUCAGCAAGAGCCUUAAGAAAUUUUGGUGCAAGAGUUAUCAUUACAGAAAUUGAUCCAAUUAACGCCUUACAAGCAGCAAUGGAAGGUUAUGAAGUGAUAACUAUGGAGGAAGCAUGUAAAAUUGGUCGAAUAUUCGUUACAGCAACUGGUUGUCGUGAUAUUAUUCUCGGUAAACAUAUGUUGGAAAUGCCUGAUAAUGCAAUCAUUUGUAAUAUUGGUCAUUUUGAUAUUGAAAUUGAUGUUGAUUGGUUGAAGAAAAAUGCUGUUAGCAAAGAAACAGUCAAACCACAAGUUGAUCGUUUUGUAUUAUCAAAUAAUCGUUCAGUUAUUUUAUUAGCUGAAGGACGUUUGGUUAAUCUGGGUUGUGCUCACGGUCAUCCCAGUUUUGUUAUGAGUAAUUCAUUCACAAAUCAAGUAUUAGCUCAAAUUGAAUUAUAUACAAAACAUGAUAAAUAUCCACUUGGUGUCUACACAUUACCUAAAUCGUUGGAUGAAGAAGUGGCUGCUGCUCAUUUAGAUCAUUUAGGUGUGAAAUUAACAAAAAUGUCAAAAGAACAAGCAAAUUAUUUGGAUUUGAAUGAAUCUGGACCAUUUAAACCAGAUCACUACCUUGGAAAAGCUGGUGAACCACUGGCAUCUGCUGGAAAUAAAUCUUAUGAACAACGUGUACUACAAUUAUUACCGAAAAUUAAAGAGCAAUUACCAUUAUUUUCUGAAACUCAGUUAGCUUCAGCAUGGACGUUACAAACAAAAAUGGGACCAAUAAUGAAAAGUUUGCUCGAUGAUUAUGAAGCAGGUCGUGAAACAGAUGGAUUAUCUGUGCUUGAACAUGAAGUAAACGAAACGGAGUCAAUUAUGGUUGACAAUGCAAAGAAGGCUAUUGAACGGGGAGGCAAUCUACAAGAUUUAAUGGGUGAGGCUGAGCAGUUAGAGGCCACGGCAUUUAUUUACCAGAACACAACAAAAGAAGUGAAACGAAAAUAUUGGAGAAAAAAUAUUAAAUUAUGGAUGAUUUUUGGCAUUAUUAUUGGCAUUUGUUUUCUUAUAUUCAUAUCUGUUAUCACAAGUCGAAAGUCAAAACGAAGAAAAUUAGCAGCAGCAGCAGCACAAAUGCGAACAAUCUCCCCCACGUUAAUCUUAGUUGAUACGACAAAUUCAACUGUGAAUUCUACAUCCACAACAAUAUCAUCAUUGAUAUUAAACAUUUUGACAAGUGAAUCUACUGGAGGAAUGUGA